GAAAAUAGCUCCAGCUGGGUUUGGUCUGGUCUGACAACCAUCGGCUUCAACCACCAAUUCUGACCAAAAUAAACGGACAAUAUCGACGUCUGGAGACCGUUAACCGGAGGAUUUACCGCCUUUUUUUUUUUGGCUCGAGCUCGGUCGUAUCCCCCCCCUCCCUCCCUCCAGUAUUAUUACAUAUUUAUAUUUUUAAAACCUGAUUUAUCCCAUUUUUUUUCUCCCCCUCCGCAACCGAAGUGAUGUCUGUCGCGGGGCUGAAGAAGCAGUUCCAUAAAGCCACCCAGAAAGUCAGUGAGAAGGUUGGAGGGGCGGAAGGAACCAAGUUAGACGAUGACUUCAAAGAGAUGGAAAAGAAGGUGGACGUCACCAGCAGAGCGGUGUUGGACAUCAUGACCAGAACUACAGAAUACCUACAGCCCAAUCCAGCCUCCAGAGCCAAGCUGAGUAUGAUCAACACCAUGUCAAAGAUCCGCGGGCAGGAUAAGGGACCUGGGUACCCGCAGGCUGAGACCGUCCUGGGUGACGCCAUGUCGAAGUUUGGACGGGAGUUAGGAGAGGAGUCCUGCUUCGGCCUGGCGCUGCUCGACGCCAGCGAGGCGAUGAAGGAACUCGGGGAGGUGAAGGACGCCCUGGACAUGGAGGUCAAACAAAACUUCAUUGACCCGCUGCAGAACCUCCACGACAAAGACCUCAAAGAGAUACAGCACCAUUUGAAGAAGAUGGAGGGCCGCCGUCUGGACUUCGACUACAAGAAGAAGCGUCAGGGGAAAGUCCAGGACGAUGAAAUCAAACAGGCGCUAGAGAAGUUCGACGAGAGCAAAGAGAUCGCAGAGCAGAGCAUGUUUAACCUGCUGGAGAGUGACAUAGAGCAGGUGAGCCAGCUGGCAGCGCUGGUCCAAGCUCAGCUGGAGUACCACAGCCGCGCUGCCGAAAUCCUCCAACAGCUCUCCAGCAAGAUGGAGGACAGGAUAAAAGAAGUGUCCGGUAAACCGAGGAAGGAGUUCGCUCCCAAACCCCGAAUGACCCUGGAGCUGCUGCCUCCCAGUGAGAGCCACAACGGGGGGAUACACUCCGCCAAAUCCCCCGGAAGAUCACCAGCCCCCAUGGACCAGCCCUGCUGCAGAGCACUCUACGACUUCGAGCCAGAGAACGAGGGGGAGCUGGGCUUCAAAGAGGGCGACGUCAUCACCCUGACCAAUCAGAUCGACGACAACUGGUACGAGGGCAUGAUCAACGGCCAGUCGGGGUUCUUCCCCAUCAACUACGUGGAUAUCCUGGUGCCGCUCCCUCAUUAGGUCCUGCCGACGACCUGGCCCUUUCCCCCCCGACCAAUCAAGACACCCCGUAAAAACAGCCUGUAUUUGCAUAAACAACAAACCACGCCCUCCUUCUACUUCUUCUUCUGUGCUUCUGUGCCAUUCUGCUUUCACGAAAUGGACUGAAAUGAGAGAGGAGCUGGAGACGGGGUGGAUGAGGCGAGGCGCUGGGACAUUGAUUAGAGGAGAAGAAGAGCGGGAGAGGAGGAUUUUAGCAUGACGGAUGCAGAAGAGUGGGAGAAGAGGGGGAUUGAAAGAGACGAGAAGACGAAGAGAUGAUGAUCUUCUACAGCGCAGUGCUCGGCCAGGCAGCACUGGAUACCAAUGAGGCUUCGGAGACUUGCGAAUAAGGCACGGUGUAUAUGUACGUGCAUGUAUGUGUCUGUAUGUGCGUUUUUCGACCUGUUCUUACUCUAUUAUGAUCAAGCCAGCACAAAUACCUGCUUGUCAGUUAAACCGCCUGACAGCUUUUUUGUGAUACUGUCUUCUUCCUCUCUUCUUACUUACUUUUCUUGCCAUCUUUCUCUCAGAGUAAUUCUGUCUUUUCUACCUUGACUUGCCUUCUUGUGCUUUUCAACAGCCCUAGAUUUCUCAGCAACUGUUACAGUCUUCCCCACUUUCUUUCUUCCUUCCUUUCUUUCUUGCUUUCUCUCUUGGCUAGCACUGCCUUUUAGCAUGGCUCCAUACUAUAUACAGACCACUAACCCAUGAUCCAGAGCUAUAGUAGGUCAUCAGACCCUUCUGUUUAUAUUUGAGUAUAUCUCAUACUCUUUCUGACACUUCUCUGAACAUACUCUGCCUUUCUCAGAGUCUGCAUAGAAUCUAAGCUCGCUGGCUGUAUGCAUGAAUCAGCCAAAUCAAAAAUUUGAGCGAUAGUAAAAUUUAGUUUUCGGGAGUGCAUCUUUUGAAUAAAGCUGCAUCUGCAAUAAGAAGAUUUUUCCAAGAUGAAAAAGAGAAUACUUGAUCAGUCCUUUUGAAACCCAUUCAUCUAUUAAUGGGACUUUUAGCAGGUUUUAAAGGUUUUAGGGUCAGAAAACUCAUUCAGCGUCAAUAAACGUGUCAGCUCAAGCGAUGAAAAGGAAAACUCUGGGUUACAUGAUUUACCUGACAGCAGUGAUAUGCUAACACAACCAGCACAGGCCAGUUGUACUGAACAGAGCUUUUCCCCAGGUUGGUAAACUGAUAAGCCUUGGCUUAUUAAAGUAUUCACAGAGGAAAAUAUGCUUGUUUUUUCUCUGUGUACGAUUCCCAUUCACAGUGUUUUGUGUGUGCUGUGUGGAGUAUAUGCUCGCUGCCUCAUACUUUUUGUGGCUUUUGCAUGCAGGACUGUUUGAACAGUGGUAGCCAUUCUUAAAUUCCCAUACACUAUCUCCGCUAAUCAAGCUUAUGAGAACUACGUUUUUUCCAAUGUUCAACUUGGUUGCAGUUCAAUGCCUUGUAAAAGGGCAUACCAGUCAUUGACAGACAUCUUGUCAACUGCUAUGAUCACCUGGGAAAACCCACAAAUUGUACGACCUACCACUCAUCUUUAGCACCAACAGAAUAUCCAACAUUUUCUGAAACAUUUUAGAGUUUUCUCACUGCCCUUAAUUCCACCAAACAUUGUAGAACCCACAGAUGGUUGUGGAAAUCUCUGUAGAGUGCUAACCAAUUUCUCUAAACUCAAGAACAUUCUUGAGGUCUCUAAUGUUUUAGAUCUUUUGAAUAUUCCAAAAGCUUGGAGACAUUCUGCAGCUCUCAGAACACUACCUGAUCCACUGAAAUCUCUACCGUCUUCAACCUCAGUAUGACUGUAAAGGUUUGUGAGUAUUGUAGGUCUCUGACACACUUGAGCCCUUCAAACAUUCUACAACUUUGACAAGUCCACAGAACGAUCUAGAAACGUUCGAUCAUUCCGGAAUCUUGGCAACGUUGAAACACUUUUGAACAUUCCGGAACCUUGGUGACAUUCUUGGACUGUCAAAGACUGUUUCUGGACUGAACCAACAUUCUGAAACACCCAAGAGCGCUCAGAAUGUAUUAGGUCAGUAAGCAGUCAGUAUUCAUGGUAACUAUUAGCCAUGACAGUUCCCUGUAAUGUGCAUCACAUACAGGAUAAAGAGGAAGUUGUGCAAUGGCUAUAACUGUUACUACAGUAAGCAACUUACCUUUGCAUCUGUAUUCUUUGUAAGGCAGCAUUGAGGAACCCUCUCUUAAACCAUAUGAAAAACGUUUAUGUUAUUCAUAGUUAGGUUUUUAAUAAUUCAACAAUGUUAGAUUAAACAUCGUGAAAAAACUACCUUUUACAGACGCCGCUUACCAUCAGCUCAUGUAAAAACGCUGGUUAAACCAAAGUUGUCGAGUUUUGCCUUUGGUGGCAGCAGAACAUUGUUUUUAAUAGCAGAAUGUUGCCCGUUUUUUCUCGCAGCUACACAGGCUGAAGGAUGCAGUUUUAGCACUUGUUCACUUUUACUAGAAAGAGUUUUGUUCCAAAUUAGGCCGAUUUGAGUCAAGAAUAUCGGCAUUUGAAAAUGUUCUGGCAGUGGUUAGAGAUCUGUUUCAAUGCAUUUCAAAACAUAAGACUGAAGAACUUACUAUUAUAUUCAUGACUUGUUGGAAUGGGCAGUCAGUAUGGUGCUGGGUUUAUACCGACUCCAUUGUAUAUAAAAAACUGAAUAGUGUCAAAGAUUGACUACAGAGCCUGUGAUGUACCCUGGUGCAUAUAUGGAGCUAAAGUUAGUAACCUUCAUAGAAAGCUUGUUCUCAUUUACCAUGAUAACAUUUUUAAAAUUAGACUACAUUUUUUUAAAUUAAACCCACAUAGUUGGAUAUGUAAUGCUUAGACUGUGUUUUUAAUUAAAAAGCUUUGGGUUUUUCUAUCCAGGCAUUAUUUAUUACGUGGUCAAACAUCGGCAGGAAUCUGUACUAGCAUGGCUAACGCUACUGAGCCAAAUGUGGCUAACCAGCUAGCCUUUCGCUUCACAUUCCCGUACUUGUGCUUUGGUAACGCAGUGUUAAGCAGGAUACUUCAAAGUUAAAAGUAAAGUAUUUGGUGCUUGAACACUGAAUACCUCAAACUAAAAGUAACAUAUAAAGUGACGGCCUUCAUUUUAAACAGUUGUACUAUGCAUUCUUUAUGUCAGAUAUUUUUGCCAUUCCUGUGCAUACACAAUUAUUGUAUUAAAAUUUCAAUAUAUUACAAUAAUUGCCCUGCUAAUUUCCGUUAGCAGGAUUUUAUUGCCGUGGACUGAACCACAUGUGUUGUUCUAUUUCUGCCAAAAUCUAACUAAUCUAACUGUUUAACACAACCAUGACACUUUGUCAAGUCCCUGAUUUGUAUUUGAGAUUUCAUCACUUUCUCCCUGAGCCAAAGUCUCCUAAUAUACCACUGCGUGAUGCACAACAACGAAUUAAGGAAAGAAAAUUUGAACACGUAGGUAUGAGGUAUUUUUGUGUAAGGUCCCUUUUGGUGUUUAGAAAUGUACAGUUGCUUAAUUAUUGUAUUCUGAAGAUACAUUCUGAAUACUUGUCAUCAUGUCACGACGCUACUCUAGCUGUUUUUUGCUGAGUCAUGACUAUAUAUUAUCGACAAUUUGUCCAAGGUGCAUUAUUUGUGUUUGUUAAGCUACGGGUCAGGGCCAUGAAAUGAGUCGCACCGUACCAGUUGCUGACAAGUUAGUUGACUAUAGUAAUAAUUAACCAGCUUUUCAGCAGAGAAAAAAACAUUUUAUAAAAUUUUCAGUUCAAAGAUGUGAAGUUUAAAGAGUUCCUCUAGAAAGGUAUAAAAGUGUUUUAGACACAAGUAGUAAUAAUAGGAAUUGAAAAGAGAAAAAUGCAGUUUUAACCAGGUUGCAGAUUGAAUGUCAUCUAUCAACUGUUAAUACACAUCGAAUACCAAGGCAAUAAAUGACCUAACAAUAAAUCUAAUGUUUCAAUAAGAGGAAGAGAUCUAUCUAUCUAUCUAUCUAUCUAUCUAUCUAUCUAUCUAUCUAUCUAUCUAUCUAUCUAUCUAUCUAGUUCCAAGAGCUUAGAGCUUAGACAUCUCUUCCAUUGCCAAAGCACAUAUGCGACGACAACAGCAACAAUACAACGACAGACAAAGUCAACAUUAGGUAAUAGUCUCUCUUUCUUCAUUGUUUCUGCCACAUACCUGCUUUUCUGUGGCUGUUACAGGUUGUUGUAAAAGACGGGGGUUUGGAGCACAACUGCGUUCAGUGUUUUUCUUUGGUUUUCUUUGUGUUUGUCCGUGUGGUCUGAGUCUGAAACCUGAUUUUCUGAGUCCGCCUGUGGAAAAGUCUGUGAGCUGCAUGCAAAUGAACCGCUUUACGUCCGCUGUUUGAGAUGGUUUUCCAAAAAAUAAUGGGGAUGUGUUUGUCCUGCUAGCUAUCCUCUCACGCUGCAUUGAGCCUGUGUUACCUGAUACUCGUCAUUUUCUUUUCCUGUUACAUUAUUGUUUUGUUUUUUUUACUUUUGACUUGCUUAAGCUAUAUUGGUAUAGCACUCUCCGUCAAAUUACAAAGUGCUUUAAGACUUUUUUGAACCUUUUGAAUAAGUUUUUAUGUAUUUUGCACCUUGUCAGAAUUCUUUGUUGCUCUUUUCUUUUAUUCUUCUUAUUUUUUUGUUUUCUUUUCUUGUGUGUUGAUUUGCCCUCUAUGGCGACAUGUAUUCUAACCUCAAUGAGGGACUUGUACAGUGUUACCCUCCAUUUCCCCUUCUCAUCUUGAUGAGAGUCAGACCUCGGCCACGUCACCUUCCUGACUUCAGCUCCGACAUCGCUGUUGGACUGACGGACUCGGGUGCAGCGCUGCAAACCAAACCUGCACACGGACGCUUUGGUUCUCCAUAAUUCACUCAGUGGCACGAUAACUCUCAAAGCAGGAACACUCUUUCUGUUUUUUUUGGGCUAAACUUGAAAAGAGUCUGUUUUUCUGGCUGAAUUUACAUUCAGGUGCCACUGAAUACAUGACAACAAAUGCACUUUAAUCUCAAAACUCAUAGUUUGUAUCUUUAGGGAGAGUUAAAUGAAGAUACAACCAGGAGACAGUUAGCCUAGCUUAGCAUAAAGGCUGGAAACAGAGGGAAACAACUAGCCUGGCUAAUGUGCGUAAAAACGUCAAGCUGUGGUUUUAUGGAAGGUCAGGAGCUGGAAUAUUUCUUGGCUGGAAUGGACAUAUUUAUUUUUAAAUUAAGGAGAUUUAAGAGAUGAAAUACUUUGUUUCUUGUGAAAUGACCUGCAAAAAACAAACAAAACAAUCAUCUUUUGUUUGUGUAUUUUCAACCAGAGUUCUCAUUUGUUGUGGGAAGUUGCCGCUGAAGAGUGUAACCCGAUCAAAGAGAGUAAUUCUGCUCUCAGAGUCACGGUCUGCACCGUGACUUUCAGGGUGCGGUGAUGUGGCCUCGGUCUGACCUGUGGCUGCUCCAUGAUGCUGUUUGCCUUGUGGCUGUAUAAAAUAGCCCUAUGCCUAUGGAACCUGGUGUCUUCUGGUGAGCUACAUGUGUGUAUGUGAGUAUAUACACACCUUGUUGCUGUUUAUUUAUGUACUUGUAUGUAUUAAGUUGGUUAUUUAUUUAUUUAUUCUUGCGUCCUAUUUAUUGGUUCGGCACCUGUGGCGUGUUUGACGAUUGUCAAUACAUUGGUGUAUGGCGUGGAGGAGGGGAGGGGGGCGGGGGGUGGAGGGACUUUGGGGUUCUGGGGGAUGGGGUGUGGUCAAUGGAAAAACCUAGCUGUGAUACUAACUCUAACUGUUGCUCUCCUCGUACUGGAUGACGAUAUAAUCUAAGACCACUGUAUGUAUAACUGCUUGUCGUGAAGAUGAACUACAAUGUAAUGACAAUAAAGAAUUAACACUAUGAUGACA